AUGAGCGCCCCGAUGUUCUCCCUGCACGGCCAGACGGCCAUGGUCACGGGCUGCACCCGCGGCAUCGGCCAAGCCGUUGCCAUUGGUCUCGCCGAGGCCGGCGCCGACGUUGUUCUCGUGCAGAGAGACGCCAGCCAGACGUCGACCAAGGACGCCAUCGAGAAGCUGGGCCGCAAGGCGUGGAUCUACGCUGCCGACAUGGCCGAGCAAGAGUCGGUCACGGCCCUCACCCCCAAGGUGCUCGGCGACGGGCACCAGGUCCGCAUCCUGGUGACGUGCGCCGGCAUCCAGCGCCGACACCCCUGCGAGCGGUUUCCCGACGGCGACUUCAACGAGGUCAUGCAGGUCAACCUCCACGCCGUGUUCACGCUGUGCCGCGACGUCGGCGCCCACAUGCUCGGGCUGGAGCCGUCGGCGACGACGGGCCGCCGCGGCAGCAUCGUCAACUACGCCUCGCUGCUGACCUUCCAGGGCGGCCUGACGGUGCCGGCGUACGCGGCGUCCAAGGGCGCCGUGGGCCAGAUCACCAAGAGCUUCGCCAACGAGUGGACCGCGCGGGGGGUGACGGUCAACGCCGUCGCGCCGGGGUACAUUGACACGGAGAUGAACACGGCGCUGCUCAACGACCCGGGGCGGCUGGCCGGCAUCAACGCCCGGAUCCCCGCGGGGCGGUGGGGCCGGCCCGACGACUUCAAGGGCACCACGGUGUACCUGGCCAGCAGGGCCGGCGCGUACGUCAGCGGACACACGCUCGUGGUGGACGGCGGGUGGAUGGGAAGGUGA